CAUUAAUGGAAGUUUCAACAUCAUCCAUGUCUUCAAAACCAGAACAAAUGCAAAACCCACCUCCUAUGAUCUCAUCUCCUAGGUUUCAGCCACAGAUAAGAUCUCCUCAUCAUCAUGACCAGCAUCAACAUCUCUCAAAUCCUUACCCAACAACAUUUGUUCAAGCAGACACUUCUACUUUCAAACAAGUCGUCCAGAUGCUCACCGGCUCCUCCACCGAUAACACCACCGGAAAACACCAUGAAGCUCCUUCUCCGGUGAACAACAAUAACAAGGGAUCAAGUUUCUCGAUUCCACCCAUCAAGAAAACCAACAGCUUCAAGCUCUACGAGAGAAGACAAAACAACAAUAACAUGUUCGCUAAGAAUGACCUAAUGAUCAAUACGUUAAGGCUUCAAAACUCUCAGAGAUUGAUGUUCACAGGAGGAAAUAGUAGUCAUCAUCAAAGCCCGAGAUUCUCUCCAAGAAACAGUUCAGCAUCAGAAAAUAUUCUUCUGUCUCCAAGCAUGCUGGAUUUUCCGAAACUAGGGCUAAACAGUCCCGUUACGCCACUGAGAAGCAACGAUGACCCCUUCAACAAGUCAUCGCCUUUAUCAUUAGGGAACUCAUCUGAAGAAGACAAAGCCAUUGCUGAAAAAGGCUUUUUUCUUCAUCCUUCUCCAGUCUCAACUCCUAGAGACUCUCAGCCACUGCUUCUUCCUCUUUUUCCGGUUACUUCUCCGGCGAGGAACCCUUAAUCCCGACGAUAUCCAUGAGUGAUUCUAUAGAUGAUAUUAAAUUAUAUCUAUUUCC